AUUUCGUCUCGUGUUUCCUGAAUGCAAAAGAAAAAUACUGGAUUCUCUCGCGUUUACCUUUUUUUAUGCCACCAAGCCACUUGUGAAUGGUCAUCAUGGUCUUAAUGGGAUAUUUCGAGUGUGGAUUUAUAUUUUUCCUUUCUUUGCUGGAUUCUGCGUCUGCUCAAAUCUUCUAUUCCGUACCGGAAGAGGUAAAUAAAGGGACAGAUGUUGGGAAUAUAGCGAAAGACCUGAACAUAAAUGUUCACGAACUGGAAUCUCGUAUGCUUGAGAUUGUGACUGGAUCAAAUAAGAAGUAUUUUGACGUAAAUCUGAAAACUGGCGUUCUGUUUGUUAAUGACAGAAUUGACCGUGAGGAGUUAUGCGUGUCGAAUCAGAAAUGCUCUUUGAAUAUAGAGGCCCUCGCUAAAAAUCCUCACCAUCUUUACAGGGUGGAGAUUAAGAUCUUGGAUAUAAACGACAAUGCGCCACAUUUUCUUGUUAAAGAAUUUACUAUGAAUAUUACCGAAAAUGCAAGUCCAGGAGAGAGAUUUCCUCUCCCUGUGGCCGAGGACUCUGAUGUUGGCAAUAAUUCGCUGAAAGAGUACAAACUGAGUCCGAAUGAACAUUUCAGUCUAGAGACACAGAGUGAAGACCAGAGUGUGUCUGCUGAGUUAGUGCUGAAUAAGGCUUUAGAUCGAGAGAAACAAGCGACAAUUAAGUUAGUGCUAACCGGUGUAGAUGGAGGAAAACCACCUAAAUCGGGAGCGUUAAAUAUUAUUAUAAAGGUAAUGGAUAUUAAUGAUAAUAACCCAGUGUUUAGUCAACAUCUUUACAAAGUUAAACUAAAAGAAAAUGUUUCUGCUGGUACUAAAGUUUUAUCUGUGUUUGCUUCUGAUUUGGAUGAAGGCAUAAACAGUGACAUUGUGUACUCAUUUGUGGAUCAUGGAAAGAAGCAAAACUUGUUUACCAUUAUCCCCGAGACAGGAGACAUUGUUGUAAAAGGACAUAUUGACUUCGAGGAGAAUGCUGCUAUUGAAUUGCGAGUUCGUGCAAGAGACAGAGGCAAUUCCCCAAAGAGCACACAAUGUAAAGUGCUAAUAGAAGUUAUGGAUGAAAAUGAUAAUGCACCAGAGAUAAAUGUUACUCCUCUGCUGGAAAGUGUGAAAGAAGACACAACGUCAGGAACCGCAGUUGCUUUAGUCACAGUGUCUGAUAAAGAUGGAGGUAAAAACGGCAUUGUACACUGUGCUCUGAAAGGCUCGUUUCCUUUCAAACUGGAGACGUCAUAUAACAAUCAUUAUUCUCUAGUGGUAGAUGGACCUCUGGACAGAGAGAGUGCUUCUCUGUAUAACAUCACAAUUACAGCUGCAGAUGAAGGAACUCCGUCUCUUUCCAGCAGCACUGUUAUAACUCUAGAUAUCUCUGAUGUUAAUGACAAUGCUCCACAUUUCCCAGCACCCGUCAUUAACGCUUUUCUAAGUAAGGUACUUUUACGCGCACGCAAACCCUUCCAAGCACUGAGAAGAAAACUAUAUGAGGUAGAAUCUCAUUGUCUCUCCACUUUUACAACACGCGGUGGCACUGCAGACCAUGACUUUGAGAUUGAUCUGAGCUCCUCCUUUACAGCAUCAGAACAAGAGGAAAUGCGUUGA